AAAACCUUUAGGAGUUUAGAGACUAUUACUCUAUUUUACAAUAAUCUUCGAUAUUCGAUUUAAAAUCUCACCCCCCGCCACUCCUCCUCUCCUUAUUUUUUGUGAGAUCAUCUAUAAGUUCCGGACUCAGUAUCUUUGAGAAUAAUAUACAGGAUGAACCAUGAUACAUCACAAUAAUGUACAUCUCCAUAAACUAGCCCUCAAGAAAUUAUCUUCUACUUGUGUAUACAUCAAAAAUGGAUCCAUUAAAGGGGAAGUAUACCCAUUUUCAAAGACUCGUUCAUAGGUUUCAAGCGAGAAGAGAUAUACCCUUUAGAAGACAAUUUUUCAUGGGGUAUGAUCUCUAUGGUAAUACUUAUUGGGAAUUCACAAUCGAUGGGAAUAUGCAAAGAUUAAGACGUAAAUUAGAGCCUUAUGGGGAGCAGCUCUUCAAAGCUGACUAUUUUCGUACGGUGCCUCCACAGUGGCUCCAGUGGCUUAGAAGAACAAGAAUUGAUCCACCUACUUUAGAAGAGCUUAUCAAUGACCAAGUGAGGCAACAAAAGAUCAAGGUUUUAGCCCAACAAGCAGACCAAAAAUGGAUUAUGGAGAAGGAAAGAUUGGAAGAAGAACAUCGUUUGAAGUUGGAGCUGGAACUUGCUAGAGCAAAAGAACCAGUAGCAAGAGAAGAACCAUCCGAUCCAUGGAAGGCAGCAGACAGUGACAAGACAAAUCAACCAAGUUCUGCUACAAUAACAUCAAGAAGAUAAACCACAUCCCCAUUCCAUAUUCCGUCUAAUUUAAUGUAC